UCCAGGUUUAAAGACCCCGAGCGGACACGCCCCGAACCACCGAGUGACCGAACCACGGAGGCGGGAGCGGAUACUCGAAUGUGUGAACUAAUUAGACCGACAUCUUUUUCGGAGGAUGAGGUGGCCCCCGAUGCGUUGCCGGUGCCGAGAUGCGAUGGGCCUCAGUGGGCUUUGCGAAUGGGGGAUGAUGCGACCCAAUCACGCGCGGCGUCGGGGGCCGUGUCAGCGACAGCCUCAACCCCGUGAGACCAACGGAUCAAGAGCUCAUUCAGUGCCCCCGAAACCCAUUUCCGUCGCCAUGGCCGAACUGUCACAUUUCCCAUCUCCAGCUGUCACAUCCGCAUCGUCUCGGCCAUGCCCUGCAGAUCUCCGAGUGUUGAUCCUCAGCUUGAAAAAUCAAACCCUCGUAUCCCUUAGUUGCAUGUGCGCGUUGCAGACUCUGAGCCUGCUGCUCCCCAACUCCCAACACGUCUGUCACUUGGUAAGCUUCAACAUGGCAUGCCCUGCCCGCCCUCACGAGUACGAAAUACAACAUUCCCAAUUUCUCCACGAGGGCCCCCAAAUUGUUCCAUGUCCUUGUCCUGCUCUCCAACCCGAAUCCAGCUAUUUCCACGCGCGAGGACCGCGAGAGGCCGUGACCUGUCAUUUAUCCCUCUCCUCCCCGUUUGGUUCCCCGUUUUGGCCUUCACCGCCGUCGCUCGCCUCUGGGAUUACGGCUUCUGCCGACAACAAACCAGCGCCAACGCCGUUGCUGCGCGCUGCAGGGCUGGGUUCCCCCCCACGGCCGAUGCAAGUGACCGGCCUAAUAAUUCGUCGUGCAUGGUAGAGUCAUACACCAGCAUACACCAGAUCCCCAUCGCCCAUCAAAGUUCAACCCAGUGACUCAACAACUAAUAUGGGCUCCGCCGCCAUGUGCUGGCCGUGGUGGAGAUGCGGCCUCGCCAACAUGCAAAGUCAUCCAGAGGCGGGAAGCACAACGUAAUAUCCAGGGUUCCUCAAACGGGUUCCUAAAAACCUCUGUCCGAUGCAUGACAACUAGAUCCUCGCCCUGGGCUGGUUGCUGGCCUU